AUGUCUCAGCAAGAAGGUCCCGUUACCGCCUACACAUGGCAAAUCUCCGCACAAGAUCAACAGGGCGGCCCUGGUCUCGACAAGGACAUGAAAGAGCAGGCCAACUGGACACAACUCGAAUAUUGGGACGACAACGGCAAGCCAUACCUCAAGGAGUACGAGGGCAGAGGUCUUCUCCAGGAUAAGGCUGUUCUCAUCACUGGUGGUGACAGCGGUAUCGGUCGCUCCGUCGCAAUCCUGAUGGCCAGAGAAGGCGCCGACGUCUCGAUUCUAUAUUUGCCCGAAGAAGAGGAGGACGCAAAAUACACAAUCAAGCAGAUUGAGAAGGCUGGUCGCAAGGGCCAUGGCAUGCAGUAUGAUCUCAAGGAGGAGGCCAACUGCAAGGCUGCCAUCGAGGAGCACAUCAAGGUCUUUGGCAAGCUCAAUGUCCUUGUCAACAAUGCUUCUAUGCAAGAGUCGUGCGAAGACCACAGAGAGAUUGACAUUUCGACCGUCACCCAGACUUUCCAAACCAACAUCAUCCAGAAACUGAUCGCGUUGCCACAGAUGAUGGCUCUGAGCAAGUAUGCCCUCCAGCACAUGAAGCGCGGCGACAACAUCGUCAAUUCUGCCUCCGUUCUCGCAUACAUGGGCGACCCUACCAAGAUCGAUUACAGCUCCACAAAGGGCGCAAUUGUCACCUUCACCCGCGCACUCGCAAAGCAACAAGCACCUAGAGGCGUCAGAGUGAAUGCUGUUGCGCCUGGAAUCAUUUGGACACCCCUCCAACCCGCUACUGCCAACGUACCCGCCGAGGGCAUGAAGAACGUCGGUGUGGGCGCGGCCCCCAUGAACAGAACCGGUAUGCCUAUUGAGAUUGCCACCGCUUACAUUCAGCUGGCUUCACCUCUUGGGUCCUACUUUACCGGCGAGUGUAUUCACGGUACCGGUGGUAUCGAGAUGCAGGGUUAA